AGUACGUUUCUCAAUUACUUAGUUACGAGUUGCUAAAACAAUAUGCAAAACCACGGGAAAUGUGUCGAUUUCUCAUGAAAGGCUGAAGAACGAAAACAACGAAUGAAAGAAAUGCCAAUCAGAAACACUUCUUGCUUUGUUAUCAUCUCAAUCUGAUAAUAUCGUAUGUAGAUGUGGUUUUAGUUAUCUCCAGUGAUACAUUGACAGCAGAACUGAUAACAUGAAUAGAAACAAGCAUUUUUAUUCAGAUUACUACACUCUCCGGGAUGCUGAAGAUAAAUAUAAAAGGCAAAAGAAGAAAUUAGCAACAUUUAUGAAGGAUUGGCAAAAGACCACCAAAGUUUAUUUAACAUUUAGUGCUAAAGAACAGACUAUUAGAACCCCUCCUUCUUCCAGUAACUUCACCAACCAAAAAAUCAAUCCGCAGGUGAAAGCAAUUAACAGGUGUAAAUAUUUUGAUGAUGAUGAAAAUGAUUAUUUCCACAGUGACAGACUUCUUAGAAGUGCUUCCAGCAAUUCUUACCAUUUGCCAAGACAUGUCUCAAUGUCCCACAGAUCUGAAACACCAAGAACACAGUUUCUUCUGACUGAAAUUAAUCAUAAUGCCGACAACAGUGAAAGAGAACUUUUCCAAAGAAUCCCAUCAAAUAGAAGACAGACAAUCCCACAAGUGGCAUCACCAAUUGACAUUUAUGAACGACCAAAAUUACCCAGAAAUAUUAAACAUCAGUUUGGUAGCGCCGUCUGCAAUGAAUUAUUGAACAACGAAAAUAUGGUCAAUGAAACAAUGUCAAAGAUUGAAAGAAAAGAGUUCCGCGAGAAGAAGGGAGGUAACUAUUACAUACAAGGCCAACUGAAUCAUUGUGAUCCAUCAGCUAUUCAAACACAACUACGUUACAGAGACUGGUCGAAUUAUCUCCGGAGGAAUAUCUUCUCUGGUGAAGCUGUAGUUUAUACUCGGAGUACAACUCAGUGUGAUUACUCUGAAGACAACUAUGAUGUUCAGUUUUUACCUUCUAAAUACAGGCGUAAAAAAUAUGAAGAAUACUAAUUUCUCCACAUAUAUAUUUCAGUCUGCGUAAAUACAUAUACACAUACGCAUUUAUGUGUAUACUAACUGUUGGACCCAGCGUUGCUCGUGUUUUCCAUGUUGAAGUUAAGCUCACCUCUGACCUUAUAUUGAAUAAGCAUUUCCUUAGAGACCAUUCUAUCGAUUUUGUUGAAAUUUUCCAUGUGAAAAAAUGCAAAAGCUGCAGGAAAAAUAACAUCGUUAUGGGAAUUUCCAUUCAAACGCCCGACUGAGCUCACAAAAAUCGAUGCCAACUGAGCAUUAUCGAGUUUUUGAAAAAAUUCCGGCCUUAUUUGAACUUCAGGACAUGUGAUCUACCUAUGUGCCAAAAAUCAUUAAAAUCGGUUGGACGGUGUGGGAGGAAUUAUAGUAACCCCCAAACACACACACAUUUAUGUAUAUAGAUGUGCAGAAAAUCUGACAAAGGCAAGCAAGACAAAACUUCGAAGUUGCUGUCAACCUUUUCCGUGUAAAAGUAAAUAAAAAUGUACUCU